AAUUUCAAACAUUUUCAAGCAAAAAACUGACUGUAUUAGCAACGAAAAAGGACGACUAUGAAAGCUGUUAUCCUCUUCACUCUUUCCACUCUAGUGGCCUUGGCCAGUUCCGAGAUGAGCUGUUUCAAAUGUAACUCAACAACAGACUCUUGGUGUUUAGAAGGCAAACCUCCAUCAAAUACAGACGACGCGUACAAAUGUGUAGCAAAAUAUGCCUGUACCAAAUCUCAGCUUCAGAAUUCAAAUUAUACACAUGUAACACGAGGCUGUGCUGAUGUUCGACAGCUCAGGUCUUAUUGUGAAUAUUAUAAAGCAAGUGGUGGUGCUAAAUUGAUUAACUGCGAAUGUAUUCAACCACUUUGUAAUACUGCACCAGUCGUCAAUUGGUCGAUAUGGCUGCUCGUACCCUUACUAAUUUCUCUGAUUUUCAGAUUCAAAUAAUUACAAAACCAUUUAUAAAGCUUCUAUUAAUUAUGUUGUAUAUAUAUAUAUAUAUAUAUAU